GUUUAAAUCAGCCUUACAAGCACUAGAGAAGGAUAAAGUCUCCGUUGAGGCCACUGAGAUAGGUAUUCGCAUAAUUGAGCACAUCGGCCUUGUAUAUAUGGGCCAAGACAAGUGGGCCGAUGCUAGGCUGAUGUUUCAGCGUGCAUUCAAAGGCUACAAGAAGCUUUUCGGACAGAAACACGAAUCGACGCUUCGUACAAUUAAUCAUCUCGGAACUCUCUGUCUCAAACAAGGGAGGAUCAAACAGGCUGAGAAGACAUUCAAUGGCGCAUUGCGUUUGGAAGCUGCGCUUAGUAGUGAUCGGUUAUCCAUGCCUAGGACCGCGAAUAAUGUAGGUCUGUUGUACUGUAUUCAAGGAAGGUGGACUGAAGCUGAGAGUAUUCUCCAGCACGCGCUGGAACAAUUUGAAACAUGCCUAGGUAGGGGGCACAUGUCCACACUGCGCACAAUCCACGAACUGGGUGUGCUUUAUUGGAGCCAGGGAAAGCAUAUAGAGGCGAAGCAGAUGUACCUCUGCGCGCUGCAGGGAUACGAGAGGGCUCUCAGCCCCGAGCAUAUAAUGACUCUCCGUGCUGUCAAUUGUUUGGGCGUACUCUACUGGAAUCAAGGCAGACGCACCGAGGCCAGGAACAUGUUCCGGCGGGCAUGUAACGGACUGGAGAAUCUCCUUGGCCCGGAACAUACAUCUACUCUGCACGUAAUCAAUAAUCUGGGAAUUCUCUACUGGAGUCAGGGAAAGUUGUCAGAAGCUAAGGGACUGUUCAAUCGGGCAUUCAGAGGAUUGACCGAAAGACUGGGAUGUCGGCAUCCUUCCACACUAUGUGUGCGUAAUAACCUGGCUAACCUGCACAUGGGUGAGGAUAGGGAGGAUAGGGCUAAGGAAAGCUACAAAUACGUGUUGGAGGGCCUGAACGAAACAUUUGGUCCUAAUCAUACUACAACAGCUCACGUGGCGAGGAACUUGGGCAACCUGUAUUUGAUCCAGGGCAACCUAAACGACGCAAGGGAUAUGUUUGCACAGGCCUCAAUGGGGAUGGACAUGUCCGUACGCCCCAUGCACGAGAUGAUCAAUGCAGCUUUUGCCCUAAUUGAUCAUUGACUGUUCACUGUAUCUAGGAUUGGCUCUAUCCGAUGGCUAAGCGACGCACUAACCAG